AUGGCUGCAGACGGUCGAAAUGCGGUCGAAGUCCUACCCUCCAUCCCUGUCGGCAGGUUGCCCAACCACACACGGCAUUCUUCGUCCAGCCGGCAGACUUACACGAACUCGACUGGCUCUUCUGCUGCCAGCACGCCACGUCAGAUGCCAAUUUCGAUUGUCGACGAGAGUUUCGAAGGGAUGGAUCUGGAGAGUCAAUCACCAACAAACCCCCGUGCCGUAUACCACAAUAGGAGCCCGCCACCGAACGAAAUAGCCGAUAACUGUCGACUAUUCGAGUACUUUAGAGAGCAGAAACGUUACAUGGGACCUCACUAUGGUGAUGAUCAUGGUGGAGCUAGCAAAUUUUCUGGCUCGACUUAUCAAUCUUCGUUUCUUCAGCAUUCAGCCGGCCUAGAGGGUGUAUCUGGGGCAAAAUUCGUCGACAAACCACAGACAUACGGGCGUAUUGAAGGUUCGGGUGCGAGACAAAGACCGAGUCAGCAUUCAAAUUUUCGUGCACCGCUAUUUUCGAAGCUGGAUGGAACAGAUGGUCAGAAAAAUGAAGAGGUGCGCAAAGGUGCCCCGCGCAUAACUGAUGGCGAGCAUGGUGUGAUACGAAAAGGGAACCUCAGAGAAGAGGUUACUUGCGCAGUGCAUAGUGGCAAAAAUAAGCCCUCAAAAGAGCCAGAGCAGGGAAUGUACGCUGAUGCUCAGGCUGACCACAAUGUGCAUCGAGGCUUGAAGUCUUCUCCGGCCGCCCUCACCCUCAAUGGCGCUCUGCAGGACGAAGACGACGUUGCCCGUCAACCCUUUAUGGACACGCCCACGCCAUUUAUCCAUUCUGUCACUCGGGAAGAUCUGCGAGGGCAUGAAGGGGUGGUGCUUCCCACCGAUCGAGGUCGGCCAUCGGCAGGGUCUCGCUCUCCUGGGAUUCGCCGAGAGAUGAUGAACGAGCGACACCCGCACCCUUCGAGCGAGGCAAUCUUGUCAAACCCCUUAACUUAUGCCUCUGAUAAGAAGAACAUAUGCAGAUCUUGUCACAUGCCCGGGAACAGCUUGUCACCUCUUGUGCGGUGCAACGCAUGUCUUGCAGGCUAUCAUAGUCUGUGCGCAAGCGCAACGACCCGUCAAAGCAAGAGCCUCGAUAACUACACCUGCCAGGAGUGUUUGCCAAAUUCCAUUGCGGACAGAGGCAGCUUAGAUCGACCUUCCCUCAGAGACGAGAUUCUUCCUAGUUCUAGUCAAUCCAUUGCCCGCCACAUUGGCCAGUCUGCCGAGUUCGCCUCUGACAUGUCCUCGCAAGAACCUGCAAUCUCUUCGAAGGCAGUUGCCCAAUCCAAACGAAGCGCAGAUGAUGUUGCUGCCGCGCUUACAAUAAUUAGCAUGGCCAACUCAGCGCCCGGUCAUGGCCUCGUUUCCGAUAGUGGUAAACAAAGGUUAUCCCCACAACAUACAACCAAUGGUUCCACGUCCACCGGAGCGUUGUACAAGCAGAUUACCUGUCCUAUGUGGAAGAGAGCCUUGUGCCGCGUGAUAGAAGACCAUUGUCUAUUUGCUCAUAAAAACACUGGCCACGAUGCCCCCUAUAAUGGGGAAACAGCCAAGGACUUUACUUGUCCGGAAUGGUUGGCUAAGGAAUCAUGCACGAGACAGGAGCACGAGUGUCACUUCGCUCACGUUGACACCGGGUUAUACGUUGGAUCUGAUGGCAAUGCAUCGCUAAAACACAUCACCUGCUACUUUUGGAAGACUGCCGGCCGUUGUCCAAAGACGGAAGAUUGUCUCUAUGCCCAUGAGGACACGGGCGUGGUUCAAUGGGAGCCAGAAACAAAACAACAGCCGCCACGACCACCAGGAGAGCAGUCCCUGAAGCAGUUCAUUUGCCCUGGAUGGGAAGAGGGCUUUUGUAAAUGGGGGGACUCAUGUCCCUAUACGCAUUCAUGGACCGGCAUAUCGUGUCUAGAUCCCCGGAAGAGGGCAAAAAAUGGCACUCGCAGAUCUCGUGGUGGUGGCUUCGGAAAGACAACUCAGCCGCGCUCAAGGCGAAGAGACUUGUCAAUAACUGAUAAGUUGCCCCGGGCUGAUGGUGCCAAAGGCCAAAGGCCGACUGAAGCGGCGCUCGCCUCUCCGUCAAGGCCCGACACCGGCUUAGUAUCGGCGUCUUCUAUUACAGAGCAUGAGGUGCCGUCUUCUGUUACAGAGCAUGAGGUACCGUCUCCUGCAACAAUUGCACCAGCUGUCGUCAAGAGACGAGCUCGACGUGGCGGAUCGGCGUACUGGCACCAUCCAAGACCAGAUAGCCGACGACAGGCACCGGACCUUCCAACCGACUCCACAAACCCCCUAAAUGGUACAACAAUGGCGACCGAAGCUACAGGGCUGAGAAAAUGUGAGGGGUGCGGAAAAUCUAUUGUAGGUUCAGUCCUACGCUGCGCCCGGUGUUCCAUCAGGCACGAGGAUUUGCCACGUCCGGACCCAAUAACAAUCACGAUUUCCGACGACGAAGAUACAGAUGACCACAGACCAUCACCUCCAUCACCUCCAUCACCACCAUCACCGAUAGUGGUGACGAUUUCCGACGACGAAGACGUCCCUGAUUUAGUGGAAACUGGAACAGAACGUCCUGGUGCAAAGGCCCACGCAUCGGCUCCGCGCACUCGACCAUGUGUGAUGACCCCUAACCCUCUAAAGCGUCCCACCACAGAAGCUUCAUUGUUCAUUUCAAGAAAGCGAUUCCACUACCAACAGGAGAAGGUGAAUACGGCUAUGCAGGCUUUGCGCCAGCCGAUUAGAAACAACGAGCUCCAGGACAACGUUGAGGCCGAGACUCAAGAGGCACAUGAUGAUUCCAGUAAUCGAGCAGAGGUUCCGGACACAGUUGACCAGGCGUCAUCAAUACAGAAGCCAGCAGAAAAUGGACGUACAAUGUCCCCUCUAGGCCAGGGCGAUGACGAUCAGACUUCGAAAUCUUCGACAAAUUCCAAUGCUAUUACACAGGGCUCCCAGAUCUUAUCCCCACACCGAGAGACGUCUACUCGAAUACGUGCAAAAGGUAUGCAACAUACCAGGGCCAGUGACAAUCUGCCAGAUCCCGAGCAAGAAGCAAAACUACCCUUAAUGAUAUCGCGUACGAGCAUUGAGUUCCUCACUGUCCAGAGCGCUAACCCGAUCCCCACAGAACUUGUUGUAUCGUCUUGGAUGACGGACGAUAACUUCCCUUUGGACGAGCAUGCCCUGUUCGUCCCGGCGUCCAUCCAGGAUCACGAGGCUUCCGCAGUGACUACUGGGCUUCUCGAAGGACGACCACCUGCCGAAGGUGUCAAACUUUAUGGUAUUGCAAAAGAAAAUGCUAAUCACAGAGAAACCCCAGAAGCUGUUGAAAUUCGAGCCGAGGCACCGGCCCCAAUGGAGGAGAUUUCCAGCAGCAUGCACAACGCGUUUAACUCUGCCGUUGAGGACGAAGCGCCUGUUACGAACUCGACUCAAGACACUACUCAGACCAUCGCCAUACAGAAAGGACAGAAAGUCCAGACUGCUGGCCGUGAUGACAGUGACGAGAGGCAAGCCGAGCUCGAAGAGGUCAUUAGCGGAGGUCAGACGAAUAUCGUACCUGAGAGAACAGAAGAUGGGUCAGAUGUUCGGCUGGAGAGCUCGACCGACGCUCAAUCUCAGUUCGCUCUAGACGCAAAUCUCUCGACUCAGAGCGUGGGGGUCAUUAUUGUGAAGCGUCACAAGGCAGGCGAAGAAAGGGGAAAUGAAAAGUACAAAGUGGCAUUAGCACAGUCGCAUUCUUCGAGUCGGGGUGGGGAGAAAGCACUGGCCCCUAGUCCUCUACGUUCAAGGCCUAUAAGCGGGACAGAUGACGGGAGAAAAAGUGAAAAGUACAAAGCGGCGCCAGCACAGUCUCACCCCUCGCCUUCGCAUCUCUCGACUCCAAGUCGAAAUAAAUCAUUGGGCUCGGGUUCUACCCGUCCAAGGCCUACAAGCGGGAAAGAUAAAGAGCAGGGAAAUGAAAGGCGUGAAGCAGCGUCAGCACAAUCUCAGCCUUCGACUCCGAGUCGAAAAAAAUCACUGGGUGCUGGUUCUGCCCGUCCAGGGCCUACAAGCGGGAAAGAUAAAGGGAAGGGAAGUGAUAAGCGUGAAGCAGCGUCAGCACAAGGUCGCCCUUUGGCACAGAGUCAAAAUGAACCAUUGAGCUCUAGUCCUGCCCUUUCAAGGCCUUCGAGCAAGCCAGAUGAGCAUAUCUCAAUCACUCCACGCUUACCCUCACCCUCACCCUCACAUCCACGGCUGACAAAUGGACUCACGACAGAGAACUUUUCACCUGUGACGGAUCCAGCCACAUUUCCAUCGAAUCAAUCUGCUCCUGGGCCAAACCUGGUGACUCCUCCUGCCAACAAUACUAAGCCAACUCGUCCAGUGUCCGGCAAGAACACACAGACUAAACCCACGGAAUUUGACCAGGCCGUGGCGAUCCAGAAGUUACAAGCAAAAGGCGUUCAAUUCGAACCGGAUUCCGAGGGUGACGAACCCAGUGACCCUGAUACUCCGAAAAGACCUCCCCCUCGCAAUGCUAAGCGGCCGUGUGCAAGCAAGGCCCUGGAUUCUCGGGAUCUAUUUGACGUGGAACCUUCCUUAAAACCGGCUAGAAAGCCAAAAAAGGGAGGAUGA